AAAAAAUGCCACCACGUUCCCGCAUUCUCUUCCUUCUUUCUUUCUAGUACUUCACUUCUUCUAAACACAAAACACAAACACAGUUACACACUUACACACAACACAACCAACCAGAGAGAGACAUCACUAUUGUGUUGUGUUGUGUUGUGUUGUUGUUGUAACCGUUGCUAAUCCCGAGGGAGGAUUAAUCUCUGCAACACUGUCCCAUCAUCAUCAUCAUUUUAACGUACGAUUUACUUCACUCUCUCAAACUCAUCAUCUCCCUCCCUCUCCCCGUGUUUCUUAUCGUAACUUCCAACGUUUCUAACUCUUCUCUUCCCAUCUACUAUUAUUUAUUAUUAACGGUUACAAAAAAACACACACUUUUUCUCUGUUCUGUUCUGUUCUGUUCUAUGCUUUGUCCUUUUUCUUUCCGUUUCACGUGAUCGUUCGUUCUCACACGAACUCGCCCACUUUGCUUUCUACAAUCACUCUCUCUAUCUCUAGAUCUUCUCCUUCUCUGUAGUAGAACAUUGUUGUUUUGAGUCUCUGAAAAACAGCUGCACAAGAGAUUGUGCAUUCACUUUUAUGGUGGUGGAAGCCAAAACACUAUCCUGCGAAGUGGUUAUUGUUGGAGGUUACAGACUUUAGAAGCUUGCUAAGGUCUGAGGAGGCGCUUGUCGAGAUGAAAGUUAAUGAAGUGGUUGAUAAUCGUUCCACUGAUUUGGAGAAAGAGCAAAAAGAAGGGUUUGAAGACGUAUCAGAUACUGACACAACAAAGGAUUCAGUAUCAUCUCAAGGUGAUUCUGUCACAAAUGAAGAUGAGAAAGUUGAGAAAGUUUCAAAAGAACCGAAAAGUAAGGUUAGAGUGAAUUCUUUAGAAAACAAUCGUGGAGCAAAGGAGAGAUCUGAUAGGAAAGGAAAUAAACUGCAGUCAAAGGUAUCAGGCAGCAAUCAAAAGAAACCUACAAACUCAAAUAAAACUCCUUCGAAAGUUACAAACAAAAAUAUGUCAACCAAUUCCAAGACUGCAAAAGUUCCUGUUAAAGUUUCGUUGGAGUCAUCUGAAGGAGUUGAAGUUGAUGAAAAACCUGUUAUAGAGGUCAAGGAAAUUGAAAUCUUGGAUGGAUCCUCCAAUGGUGCUCACAGCAUAGGAAGUGAAGAUGAAAAUCGUGAAACCGUUAAUGCUGAAGAGAACAGUGAACGUGAGAAAGCAGUGGCGGCGGCAUUGGAAUUGAAAAUUAAAGAAAUGGAAUCACGAAUUGAAAAUCUCGAAGAGGAACUGAGAGAAGUUGCUGCUCUUGAAGUGUCACUUUAUUCUAUUGUACCAGAGCAUGGAAGCUCGGCACACAAGGUGCACACACCUGCUCGGCGCCUUUCUAGGCUCUAUAUACAUGCUUGCAAGCAUUGGACCACGAAAACAAAAGCAACGAUAGCCAAGAAUACUGUUUCUGGUCUUAUUUUGGUUGCUAAAUCUUGUGGUAACGAUGUUUCAAGGUUAACUUUCUGGUUGUCAAACACCAUUGUGCUGAGAGAGAUAAUUGCACAAGCAUUUGGGAAUGCAUGUCAAGUUAGUCCCAUUAUGAGGUUGUCUGGGUCAAAUGGAUCUACCAAGAGGAAUGAUGGAAAGUCUGCAUCACGGAAAUGGAAUGGUAUCUCAAAUGGUAAAUCAGGAAAUGGUUUUAUGCAGAGUGGUGAAGAUUGGCAGGAGACAGGAACCUUUGUAUUUGCCUUAGAAAGAGUAGAAUCAUGGAUCUUUUCUCGGCUAGUAGAGUCGGUAUGGUGGCAGGCUUUGACUCCUUAUAUGCAAUCUUCGGUUGGGGACUCGUGUUCAAAUAAAUCCAUUGGGAGGCUUCUAGGACCUGCUCUUGGUGAUCACAAUCAAGGAAAUUUUUCCAUCAAUCUUUGGCGAAAUGCUUUCCAAGAUGCUUUUCAACGACUCUGUCCUGUUCGAGCAGGAGGGCACGAGUGUGGUUGUUUGCCUGUGAUGGCAAGAAUGGUCAUGGAACAGUGCAUAGAUAGACUCGAUGUUGCAAUGUUCAAUGCAAUUCUUCGGGAAUCAGCUCUUGAGAUACCAACUGAUCCUAUAUCAGAUCCGAUUGUGGAUUCAAAGGUUUUGCCAAUUCCAGCAGGAAACUUAAGCUUUGGAUCUGGUGCACAGCUAAAAAAUUCCGUUGGAAAUUGGUCUAGAUUGCUCACUGAUAUGUUUGGCAUUGAUGCUGAAGAUUGUCCGGAAGAAUACCAGGAGAACGGUGAGAAUGACGAAAGACAGGGUGGAGGUGGCGAACCUAAACCAUUUGUUCUCCUUAACGACUUGAGUGACCUUCUAAUGCUCCCAAAAGACAUGCUUAUGGAUAGACAAGUCAGACAGGAGGUAUGUCCUUCAAUCAGUCUUUCAUUGAUUAUACGCGUUCUCUGUAACUUCACUCCGGAUGAGUUCUGUCCGGAUGCUGUUCCAGGAGCCGUCUUGGAGGCCUUGAAUGAAGAGACUAUUGUGGACCGAAGAUUGGCAGCAGAGUCCAUAAGAAGCUUCCCUUAUGCCGCGGCUCCAGUUGUGUAUACACCUAGUUCGUCAGCCAAUGUAGCCGAGAAAGUUGCAGAGGCAGGAGGAAAGUGUCACCUGACCAGAAAUGUAUCGGCUGUACAAAGGAGAGGAUAUACAAGUGAUGAAGAGCUUGAAGAACUUGAAUCGCCGCUUACAUCUAUCAUUGAUAAGCUUCCUUCAUCUCCAACAGUUACUACUAAUGGAAAGCAAGGGAGUCACGCCACCACAAAUGCGAGAUAUCAACUACUUCGCGAAGUUUGGUCCAUGUGAUGUGAACCUUGUGAUGAAAUCCACACAUGUAUACUCUUUACCAAAGUAAAAAUGAAUAUGUCAGAGAUUUAAGUGGAAGGAAUAGUGAAAGAGAAAAAGGAAAAAAGAAUAAAGAUAUCUAAUAUAUGUUGAGAACCUUUGUUAAUAGGGCAAUUUAAGCCCUUGUUUCCUUUUUUGGUUUGCUUUUUUUUUGGUGUAUAUACAAUACAUAUUAAGUCUUUUAGAGUAGCAUACAGCAUUAAAGAAUUCUUCCUGUUCAAUGUUUA